UAUCCCAUGAAAAUACUCCAUAUUAAUUUUAAAAUCGGAAUGUAACUUUUAAAAGCAGGGAAAUUGUAUUCAAAUGUCCCUAAACUGUAAAUAUCAGCGUCGGCCACUUAGUAUGCUGUAAACAUUUAGCACCAAAAUAUAUGUAGGCCUUCACAACAAAAUGUUUUAUACUUAACAAUGGGCGAGUACUAGGCGUAGAAAACCUAGGCUUUUUUUUCAAGAGUUAUAGAUCUUAGGGUUAAAGUUAUUAAUGAGUUGUCGCCUCUUUCUAAUCUUAUUUAUAUUGUGUUUUUAAUUGCGUCGCUGCCAAUUCUUUGAUUGCAUAAAUAAGCAUUGAACUGACCAUAGUUCAGCAGUCAGAAAUAUUUGUCUUCUAAUGGAAGACGGACUAUUGUAAUAGCUUCACAUUCUAAGCAACCAUGAGUGUCAGCCAGAUCGACCUGACCAGCACGCAAGUCCCCAUGUCCACCAAGCCCCCCCAGACGACGACCACGUCGUCUCCGCCGCUGAUGAGCAAGCAGGUGGAGAUGUUGUUUACGGUGGUGAAUGUGGUGGUGCUGUCGGAGUUGGUGUCGCUGCUGGGUAUUUUCACCAAUGCUGUCACCAUGGCGGUGCUGUACAGGCAGGGCUUUAAGCGAACCAUCAACAUUAGUCUCAUGGCAAUGGCGUUGUCAGACUUCUUGUCCCUGGUCUCUCUAGCCUGUCUGUGUGUUGGCAAUAACCCUUGGUUGAUUGACUCCAACGUACCGUUUGAUCCUAUUGGGGUCUUUUACUUAACAACAGGUUGGCCCAAUACAGCCUUUGCACGGGUCACUGGUUGGAUUACAGCCUUCAUUGCCGUUGAGAGAUGCCUGUGCGUCGCCUUGCCUCUAAAGAUCCACAGCCUGCUCACUAGGGGGCGCUGCCUGUUUGUGAUCAUCGCUAUCUACCUCGGCGUGAUCGCUGGCGUAGUUCCUAUCUACUUCACAGCGGCGCUGGAUUACAGCAAGUUUGAUGCGGCCAAAAAUCGAAGCAUCGUUGGGCUGAGCCUGAUCGGCAUAAACAGAGACCAGAUCAAAGCCGUGGCGCUUGGAAUAAACAACGUAUUCUCUCCCUUUACCAGUUUUGGCCUGAUCAUCAUCUGCACGGCUCUACUGGUAGCCAAACUGAACAGCAAAGCGAAAUGGAGGAGGAGCGUAACCAGGGACGCCAAGAUCAUUAAAAAAGCGGCACGGAAAGAGAAAAUAUCACCAAGUUUCGUCGUGGAUAAGCAAAUAGUUUUAGUGGAAGAGGAGUAUCAGACAGAUCCGGAAACCGGAAGUCCUGAAAAGUCAAAAGAUGCGUCCAGCGCCAAAGACACAAAGGUGAUCAAAUUGGUAGUGGCCAUUUCGUCCAUCUACAUCGUCAGCUCCAUCCCCGCGGUCAUUCAUUACAUGUGGAUGAUUCUGGACUCCCAGUACACCGUGGUGGGGCGCCAGAGUAGCGUCCACUUGGCCGUGGCGGGGGUAACCUUCCUUUUCCAGGCCACCAACUCCAGCGUGAGCCUGUUCGUCUAUCUGUACAUGAGCACCAGCUUCCAGGAAGUCUUCUACACCUUGGUCAUCUUUAAAAGCUGUCAGAGAAGAACGCCAUGAUUUUCAUUUGAAUACGGCCUCGUUUAAAAAAAAAACCAUGCAAAUUUGUUUAUAAACAUAAUAAAUUGGCGAGAGGCUUUUUUUUUAAUUUUAAAGCAUUUACAAAUUCAUUCUUUUUUUUUUUAAAUUAUUAUAUGAAAGCAUUCAAUUCGUCAACAUGUAACUAGUCAUUGCCGACGCUAAACUAAACAACUGUCACAUUUCUUGUGCUCAUGCUUGUC